GAAAAAGAGGAAGUUCUCUGAGGGCUUAGGGGAGCAGUGCCUUCUUGAGCCGAACGAACACUGAGAUUAAAAUGAAUCGAUUUUAAUGUCCGUAGAAAACACUCCUUUACAUCUUUUCUCUUUGCUGUCAAAAUGAGCGAUGUAGAGGAGAAUGAACAGCUGGCUCUAGCCAUGGCACUCUCACUCGAGAAUUUGGAGUCACAUAUGUCUCGAGAAGCACAAGAAAAAGACAACCUCAAGUCUGCUAUUGCUGCUUCGCUAGGCAAAAAAGUAGAAGAACUUACAGCUCGAGAUAUGUUGUUAGCAGAUAUCUCCAGCUUACCUGCAACAAACAAUAAGAGACCAAGAGAAGAAGAUGCCAUAUAUCCCAUUUCAAAACGCGUUAAUAAUUCAGAUACACGCUUUUGGGAUGGUACGGUCAAAUUAACUUAUAUUAAAGGCUUUGUUGGACCUGAUUAUAUACGCUUUCAAGACAUUGUUCAAAAACAUAAUCUGAAAAAAGCGUUGGUAACGGCAUUUGUCGUUAGCAUGGACUUUAUCAAUGACAGCUUUCCAACGGAUGUCAAUAUUUGCAUUGUCACACAUGGUCGACCUGCAACCAGAAAACAAGUGCAUUCACAUCGAAUUAUUAUUCAACCCCCACUUAAAGAUGAUAAAUAUGGUGUAUUUCAUCCUAAGCUUAUGCUGUUGUUUCAUGCUACUUCUCUAAGAGUUGUAAUUGGAUCAGCGAAUUUGGAACGCUAUGAUUAUGAAGAAUUAGAAAAUGUAGUCUUUAUUCAAGAUUUUCCUAAGGUAGACAGUCCAUUUGAGUCGACUUCGAAGCUCCCUCGCUUUGCUAGAGACAUUUGUGAUUUACUUGAUCAAAUGCAAGUGCCAGUAUCAGUUAAGGAGGAAUUACUGAAUUAUAAUUUCGACAAAGCAAAAGCACGUAUUGUUGCCUCUGUUUCUGGUGUGUUUGAAGGAGAAGAGCAUUAUAGAAAAUAUGGACAUACUCGAUUAUCAGAUGUUGUACAGGAAAUCACUGGUCCUAUUACAAACCCUAAAUCCCUUCCAAAAAUAGAGAUGCAGACAUCCUCAUUAGGCUCAUUAUCAGUCUUGUAUUUGAAUGAGCUGUAUAGAUCGUUUUGUGGUAUCACUGCAUAUGAUAAAGGAAAGCAAGUUGCUUUUGGUAAAAAGAAUGAAUUGCCCCCAAUAGAUAUUAUCUUUCCAAGUCAAGAUACAGUUGAAUCAAGCAAACUAGGGCUACCUGGAGCAGGCACUAUUUGUCUGAGCGAAAGUACCUGGAAAAAAACAACUUUUCCAAAGCAGGUCAUGUGUGAUUCAAUAAGUCAGCGUCAAGGCACUCUUAUGCAUUCAAAAUAUAUUAUUGCUACCUUACCUCAAACAACGUCUAACAUCAAAGGAUGGGUUUACUGCGGGAGUCAUAAUGCCACUACAUCUGCAUGGGGUAAAUUCACUGUAUCUCGAGACUCUAAACAGCCUAAAAUGAAUAUAAGUAAUUGGGAGCUUGGGGUUGUAUUACCGCUAACAGAAGGAACAAACAUUCCAGCGCCUUACCUAAGACCAGCACCUAGGUACCAACCAUCUCAAAAAGCUUGGACUCAACAAUCUGAAUGGUAAUUGUCAUGUGCAUACUUAAAAAUAAACAACAGCACAUACUUAACUAUGUGAUAUAUGCAUUUG